UGGCGCGACGUGACGCGACGCGGCCCGGCGCGGGGGUGGGGGGCGGGGCAUGAAGCACCUCGGUCGGGGCCUGCGAGCCGCGAACCACGAGUCGCGGCGCGGCGAGUCCAUCGAGUAGUGGGUCGAUCCGGUGUGGUAAGCCGUAAAGUGAGUCGACGGGGAGCGAGCGAAGGGAGAUAAAUAGAUAGCGUCGCGCUUGUCCCGCCAUUCAGUCGGUCGACUGUCUGUGCGAGCGAGUGUGUCGUUGGGCCUCCGGCUGGGAGGUACAUCGCGCGAUACGAAGACCGAAACGGACCACGUGUUGCCGUGCGCGUGUAAUCGAGCGCGAGAAUGGACGAUCAUCGCGCGGCGAUGAAGGACCACGAGGAGAAAGAUGCCCCGGUCGAGAACGACGGGCUCACGGCCGCCCAGCUAUUUGCCAACGGCGACGGCCUCACCUACAAUGACUUUAUUAUACUACCCGGCUACAUCGAUUUUGCCGCCGCCGAGGUCGACUUGCACUCUCCCCUCACUAAGAAGAUCACCCUCAAGACGCCCUUGGUCUCCUCCCCCAUGGACACGGUCACGGAGGCGGAGAUGGCCAUAGCGAUGGCCCUUUGCGGUGGCAUUGGCAUCAUUCAUCACAAUUCCGCGCCCCACUACCAAGCCACCCAAGUCAAAUGGGUCAAGGAAUAUAGACAUGGCUGUAUUAAAGAUCCCAAAGUACUUUAUCCAUUUGAUACAAUCGAAGAUGUGAUAAACAUUAAAGAAGCACAUGGAUUUUCUGGACUUCCAAUAACCGAAAAGGGAAAUAUGGGUAGCAAGCUUCUUGGUAUUAUUACAUCCAGAGACAUUGAUUUUCUAGAUAAUUCAUAUUAUCAAAAAAACACUAAAGUAAUAUCAGUUAUGACAAAAUUUGAAAAUUUAGUCACCGCACCAGUUGGUGUUACUAUAAAAGAAGCCAAUGCUAUUUUAAAAAAAACUAAAAAAGGAAAAUUACCAAUAAUUAAUGACAAAGGAGAACUGGUAGCAUUAAUGUCGAGAACGGAUUUGAAAAAAAAUUUCGACUAUCCAGGUGGUAGCAAAGAUGAAAAGGAUCGACUUUUAGUUGGAGCAUCAAUUAGUACUCGUGUUGUAGAUAAAGAGAGAGUGAAAUUAUUAGUAGACAACGGUGUUGAUGUAAUUGUUCUAGACUCGUCGCAAGGUAAUUCAAUAUAUCAAAUCGAUAUGCUCAAGUAUCUCAAAGCACAGUAUCCCGAUCUUCAAGUAAUCGCUGGUAAUGUUGUUACCAUUGGACAAGCUAAAAAUCUUAUAGAGGCUGGAGCUGAUGGCUUAAGAGUAGGAAUGGGAUCGGGAUCCAUUUGUAUUACUCAAGAAGUAAUGGCAGUUGGUAGGGCACAAGCAACCGCUGUUUACAAAGUUUCUGAGUAUGCCCGUAAGUUUGGAGUUCCCGUUAUUGCAGAUGGAGGAAUUCAAUCCGUUGGUCAUAUCACCAAAGGACUUAGUAUAGGGGCAAGUACAGUUAUGAUGGGAUCUUUGUUAGCGGGAACUUUUGCAGCGCCGGGCAGUUACUUCUUCAACGAGGGUGUUAAAUUAAAACGUUUUAGAGGUAUGGGUUCUCUUGAAGCUAUGGACAGCAGAGGAUCCCACGGCUCGGCAUUGGACAGAUAUUUCCAAAGUGAAAUAGAUAAAUUGAAAGUGGCACAAGGCGUUAGUGGAUCAAUUGUUGAUAAAGGAAGUACUUUGAAAUUUCUUACAUAUUUGCAAUGUGGUAUUAAGCACGGUUGUCAAGAUAUUGGAGCAAAAUCAAUUACCGCUUUAAGGACAAUGAUGUAUAGUGGUGAAUUGAGAUUUGAAAAAAGGACACAUUCUGCUCAAAAAGAAGGUAACGUUCAUGGUUUGUUCUCCUAUGAAAAAAGACUGUUCUAAAAUGAAUGAUAAAAAAAAAAAA